AUAGGCAUGGGGAAUUCUACACCUUGCUUUCGUGCAUAAUUUCAUCGUGUAUAAAACCGGACGACAAUUCGUGGAGCUUGCAGGUGUUUGGGGGCUGCUAGCAAUGCAUCAUGGGAAAUCAGCUGACCGGCAUAGCACCCUCACAGAUCUUUCCUGUUGAGCACUACCUGACAGAUGUUACUGACUAUGAGUUCGACACCAGUCUUGGGAGCACACGCUUCUUCAAAGUUGCCCGAGCAAAAUACAAAGAGGGUCUGGCUGUAGUAAAAGUCUUUGCCAUCCAUGAUCCUUCACUACCGCUGAGGUUUUACAAGGAAAAACUGGAAGAUAUUAAGAACAAACUCAGUCAUUCUUCCAACUGUCUGCCGUUCCUGAGAAGCACGUUAUCUGACAAGGCGGCCUUGCUGUUCAGGCAAUACAUCCGUAACAAUUUAUACGAUCGAAUCAGUACCAGGCCGUUCCUCAACACCGUGGAGAAAAAAUGGAUAGCGUUUCAGCUCCUGUGUGCUGUCAAUCAGGCCCACCGUGUCAAGGUGUGUCAUGGUGACAUUAAAAGCGAGAAUGUCAUGGUGACAGGCUGGAACUGGGUGCUAUUGACAGACUUUGCCAGUUUCAAGCCCACCUUCUUGCCAGCUGACAAUCCGGCAGACUUUUCGUUUUUCUUUGACACCUCUCGUCGUCGCACCUGCUACAUUGCUCCUGAGCGCUUCAUAGAGGCCAGCAUGCGACAGUCGGAGACGAUAGAGAGUUCGGAAUCCAUCAUAGAUGCCGGGGCUGUCAAGAAAGGAGAACUCACCCCACAAAUGGACAUAUUCUCUACCGGGUGUGUCAUUGCGGAGCUGUUCACAGAAGGCCAUGCGCCCUUUGACCUUUCCCAGCUGCUUGCCUAUUGCAGCGGCACCUACAGCCCAGACAACAUGCUGAAUAAAAUUGAGGAGCCUAGCAUCAAGGCCCUGGUAGAACACAUGCUACAAAAGGAUCCAUCCAAACGUUUAUCAGCAGAGGAGUAUUUAAAGGAGUGGAGGACCAAAGCCUUUCCCAAUGUGUUCUACAGCUACCUCAAGGUCUUCUUGGGAGAAUUCGCCGGUAUCCCCAUCCUCCCCUCAGAUGAGAAAAUUGCCAGGUUGAAGAGAGACAUGGGUAAAAUCAUCAAGGCACUGUGCCCGUCUGAUGAGAAACAAGAUGGCUGUAAAGACAGUGACAAUGGCCUUGUUAUUGUCUUGUCCCUUGUCACCUCCUGCCUGCGAACUCUCAAGUUUUGCAUCUCUAAGUUGGCUGGAUUGGAGAUUCUCUUGAUGAUCGCUCAUCACAUACCGGAUGAUCUCGUCCUAGAUCGCAUCAUUCCACACAUGCUUCAUUUCAUCAGCGAUCCUUUCCCAAGAGUACGAGCUGAGGCUAUCCGUACCCUCAGCCAAACCCUGACCCUGGUCAACUCAGUACCCAGAAGUGAUGCGAAUAUUUUCCCAGAGUACAUUCUUCCAAACCUGUCUAACCUGCCGCAGGAUGAAGUUGUGUUAGUCCGCGUGGCCUACGCUGAGAACAUUGCCGUCUUGGCAGAGACAGCCCUUCGAUUUCUGGAAAUGGUCCAGCUGGAUCACACGACGAACCAGGAUGCACAGGCAGACUCUGUCCAGGACCCUAAUGUCCAGUACCAGGCCAGUUAUGAUGAUGAACUGCAGAAUCUUCAUGGCAUGAUUCAACAGAAAGUUGUUACCUUGCUUAGCGACACGGAGAAUAUCGUAAAGCAGACUCUGUUGGAGAAUGGUAUCACCAGGCUUUGCGUAUUCUUCGGCCGACAGAAGGCGAAUGAUGUCCUGCUGUCCCAUAUGAUUACAUUCCUCAACGACAAGAAUGAUUGGCAUCUUCGUGGCUCCUUCUUUGACAGUAUCGUUGGUGUCGCCGCUUACGUCGGUUGGCAGAGUUCAUUCAUUCUCAAACCCCUCAUCCAGCAGGGCCUAUGUGACUCCGAAGAGUUUGUCAUCUGUAAGGCACUCACUGCCUUGACCAGUCUGAUAGAGCUUGGUCUACUACAGAAGCCGAUAAUCCUAGACCUGGCCUCUGAGAUAGUACCUAACCUCUGCCAUCCGAAUCUGUGGAUCAGACAAGGCACAGUGGGUGUAAUAGCCAUCAUCGCCCACAACUUCAACAUAGCCGAUGUACACUGCAACCUUAUCCCACUUCUGCAACCAUUUAUCAAGCAGCCAAUCAUACAAGUGGAUAAAGAGCCAAUCCUGCUCAAUGUUUUGAAGCCGCCAGUGCCACGGCCCGUCUUUGACUACGUCUUGAGAUCUCCGCUGAUCGAGAGCUUGUUUGACAACCUCCAGGACCGUCAGCUGCUGAGGAAUCUUUGUCGGCCCGGCCACAAACCCAGCUACAGCCAGUCAGACAAUGCUGGCCUCGCACAGCUUCUAAGGAAACUUCAGUCGCAGGGAAUGACAGAGGCAGAUGAGGAUAAGUUGUUGUUGCUGAAGGAUAUCAUGAUGAAACAACAACGAGCAAAGUCAAAUCCCAACGAUCAGCCUCCACUGUCCCCAGGCUUGGAUAAUCCCAACUCUCCAGGGAUCAUCAACAUCUUGGCCUUGGAGAAGGAAGCACCCAUUCUGAAAUACCACGCCGAUCUGAUCAAACCGGCCGAGCUGCGAUCGGACGCCUCGGAAAAAGCACCAAGGAAAGUUAAGAAGAGAUCCAGCACGCUGGAACCUCCCAUGAUGAAUGAGGAAUGGAAGAGCAUGUUUGGGACCAGUGAGCCAGCCAGGAGUGUGAAACCUUCCCAGCAAUCGUCCAGUCCAGUCCACCCAGCCCAAGAUGCCAUGGCUACCCUCAACCCAGGCACCAAGAACACCCACCAGCCGGGCCAGGGUGGGGGCAAGCCCCAACCCACGGGACUCUCCACCCUGGGGCCCAUCUCCAUGUCCCAGCUGCAGGCUGCCGCUGACGGCAUACCGGAGAAGAAGCCACUGGCUCCCGUGCAAGAGAACCGGCUGCCACCCAUUCAGACUCUGGUUGCGACAUGCAAGUUGGACCUCAGUCGUCUAGUUGCCCAGAAGCGAGAGCAGUACGCAGCCGACGUGACCCGGAAGACGCUAAUCGAAGAAGCAGCCAUCGAGACCAAGAUUCCACCAUCAACAUGGAAACCUAAGGGCCUCUUGGUGGCGCACUUACAUGAACACAAAGCAGCCGUCAACAGGAUCCAGUUAAGUCAUGACCACAUGUUCUUUGCCACCUGCUCCAGCGAUGGCACAGUCAAAGUCUGGGACACGUCCAGACUGCUUGGCAAAAGCAACACCAAUCGCUCCCGCCAAACCUACAAUCGUCAGCCAGGCCGCAUCAAGGCUCUGACCUUCUGCCAGUCCUCGCACAGCAUCGCCUCGGCGUCAGACGAUGGCUCCAUACACGUCAAUAGGAUUGAGGCUGGCGCGCCACGUUUCAGCCUCCUACACAAAACCAACCUAGACAUCCACGAGGAAGGAUUUGCUGUCGACGUCACUCACUUUGACACAGGAUCUCAGUCGGUGGUUGCAUAUGCCACAGUCCAAGGCUACUUAGUAGGUUGGGAUCUGAGGGCACCAGGUGUUGCCUGGAGGUUACGCAACCAAUUAAAACACGGAUUGAUCACCUCGUUUGCUGUAGACCCCAAUCAGUGUUGGAUGGCGGUGGGUACCAGCAAUGGCGCACACACCUGCUGGGACCUACGCUUCCAGCUACCCAUUACCACCUUGCACCAUCCCACAGCUUCUCAUGUGCGACGGAUCAGUCUGCAUCCCAGUAACCCUUCCUGGAUUAUCUCAGCUGUACAAGGCAACAAUGAAGUGUCCAUGUGGGACAUGGAGACCGGGGCCAGACAGUUCACCCUGUGGGCCAGCCCCUCACCGCCUCUCUCCCAGACACAGACUUCCAACCAUGCUGUCCAUGGCUUGUAUUGCAUCCCAUCUAAUGAGCAUUCACCUAGCUUCCUAACAGCUGGAUCGGACCAGCGAUUGCGUUAUUGGAGUCUGACCAAUCCCGAGAACUCCUGCAUUGUGGCGGGUUCUGUCAACGAUCCAACCACUCAACCUGCUGUCACUUACAAACGGAGAUUAAUCGACGGCACAGAGGUGAUUAUUGAGACCUAUGACAAGCACCGCAGCACAGCAAACGUCAGCGAGACUGGACGGCAAGGUACAGAGCAGGUUCCUGUUGGUCACCGUAACGUCAUCACAGACAUGGGUGUGUUCCUGACAUCGCCCAGCAGCGCUGCGGUGGCCACAACAUCCCAGGACGGUGUCGUCAAAAUAUGGAAAUAACCUCCUCCUUGUUUUCGCAUUGCUGCCAAUUUCAUGGAGCUGGUAAGCGAAGAACUUUGCCAUACAUUGUAAAUCUUUGCUCAGCGAAAGUGGGUGACCUACUGAACUGUCAUGCACUUGUUCACUGCUGCCAACUGGUUCCACGUUGCUUUCAGUAAAGACAGUUGUUUUAACUGGCCAUUAUUUCUUAGCGUCAGAAAACUGAACUUUUCUGAUCCGAACCUAUAUUCAACGAGAGGUUUUAGGCAAAGAACAUUUCCACAUGAACAUUCAUUUUUUUAUUUCCAUUUUAAUUCAAUACAUAAAAAAAACUGAAAAGUACCACUUACUUUGACACGAAUUAUUUUCUUGUUUUUAACAGUGGGCAAAAUAUUUCAAAUACCAAAUCCUGUGAAGUAUGGCAUUGUUGCUGUGCAGAGAGGACAUUCAACUGACAAAGUCAAAACAAAUUCUUGAUCUUAUAAUUCCAAAGUUGGGGAUAUGUACAUAACCAGCUUCUUAUCACAGCAGGUUUAUGUAUUUGGGAUACAUCUUAUUGGUACCUUUGGUGCACGUGAUGUCGAUCUCAUCCGUUUUAAGCCCUUGUAAUAUGUUUGAAAAUGUGCACUUUCAUUCAAACUCUACACUGUCUUUGGAAUCCAGUCUAGAUAGCACAAAAUGAUUCAAAACAUGUUUCCAUUCAAUUAAAAACAUUUUUAGCGAUUAAUAGGGAAAGUAAACUUUCAGCCAAAAAGUUAGUUCGCAAGAUUAACCCCUUGCAUUUUUUUAAAAAUUUGCAAUCUUUAUUUGGAGUGAAAUUGCAAUCUACAUGUAAAUGACUGCAAAUUGUGGAAAAAUUCAAAAUAUGCUGCUUUUAUUAUAAAACUAUUUGAGUGAAUCGCAAAAAAGCUAAAUUUUGGCCAAAAUUUAUUUUCCAAGGUUAACCCCUUGUCUUUUCAGUGAAAAUGCAAUCUGAAUGACUGCACAACAUUCAAAAUAUGCCGCCUUUUAUUAACAAAACUUUUUUUGCGUAAAUUGCAAAAAAGUUAAAUUUUGGCCUGAAUUUAAUUAUUUUGCAAGGUUAACCCCUUGUAUUUUUUCAAACUAUGAAAUUUGCUCUUUCGGUUAAAUUACCAAUUUCAUGCUUCCAAAAUUCAAAAUUUGCUGAUUUUCAUUCAAAACCAAUUUCUGAAUGAAUUAUAGAAAAAUUAGAUUUCGUGCCCAAAUUUGACUUU